UAUAGUCGAUGAGAUCGUUCAAUUGCUGUGAUAACAAAUCUGUCCUCUCAGAAAUAUUUGAUCCACGGGGCACGUCCACGGUUACAUGUAUUAUAACAAAUCUGUCUAUUAUCAGAAACAUUAUUUUGAAAAAACGUGCUGUUCAUAGAAAUACAGCAUAUAAAGUUUGAACACACUGCCCUGGUGGUAUAUUCUUCUGAGCCGUGCAUGAAGAUGAAGCUCCUGAUUUUCGUUGCUCUUUUGGGCCUAAGCUUAGCCCAGCACAGCCCUCACACCAAACAUGGAAGAACCUCCAUCGUCCAUUUGUUUGAGUGGCGCUGGGCAGAUAUAGCUGCCGAAUGCGAACGUUACCUGGCACCGAACGGCUAUGGGGGUGUUCAGAUCUCCCCUCCGAACGAACACAUUGUUGUGUCCAGCCCCUGGAGACCCUGGUGGGAGAGAUAUCAGCCAAUCGGCUACAACCUGUGCUCCCGAUCAGGAAAUGAACAGGAGCUCCAGGAUAUGAUCACCAGAUGCAACAAUGUUGGGGUCAACAUCUACGUUGAUGCCGUCAUCAACCACAUGUGUGGAUCAGGAGGGGGAGAGGGCCACCACUCAAGCUGUGGCUCCUACUUCAACGCACACAAGAAAGACUUCCCCACCGUGCCUUAUUCAGCCAUGGACUUCAACGACGGCAAAUGCAAAACUGGCAGCGGAAACAUCGAGAGCUACAAUGACAUUAACCAAGUAAGGGACUGUCGUCUCGUGAGUCUGCUAGAUCUGGCUCUGGAGAAGGAGCACGUGCGGGCCAAGACGGCCGACUACAUGAACAAGCUGAUCGACAUGGGCGUGGCCGGGUUCAGGGUGGAUGCCUGUAAGCACAUGUGGCCUGGAGACAUGAAGGCUGUCUUUGACAGAAUGCACAACCUCAACACCCAUUGGUUUGCUGGUGGCUCCAGGCCAUUCAUCUUCCAAGAGGUUAUCGAUCUUGGUGGAGAGCCCAUCCAGUCCCGUGAAUACUUUGGAUUGGGCAGGGUGACCGAGUUUAAGUAUGGAGCCAGACUAGGCAAUAUAGUGCGCAAAUGGAACGGCGAGAAGCUCAGCUACCUGAAAAACUGGGGUGAGGGCUGGGGCUUCAUGCCCAAUGAUAAAGCGGUGGUGUUUGUGGAUAACCAUGACAACCAAAGGGGCCACGGAGCGGGCGGAGCCGCUAUUGUCACAUUUUGGGACUCCAGGCUGUAUAAGAUGGCCAUGGCUCUCAUGUUGGCCCAUCCUUACGGAGUCACCAGGGUGAUGUCAAGCUUCCGCUGGGAUCGCCGCAUCGUCAACGGAAAGGACCAGAAUGACUGGAUGGGGCCUCCAAGCUUCUCUAACGGGUCCACCAAGCCAGUACCCAUCAACCCAGACACCACCUGUGGGGAUGGCUGGGUCUGUGAACACAGGUGGCGACAGAUUAGAAACAUGGUGAUUUUCCGUAAUGUGGUCAAUGGGCAACCUUUCUCCAACUGGUGGGACAACCAGAGCAACCAGAUUGCUUUUGGACGUGGCAACCAAGGAUUCCUUGUCAUCAACAAUGAUGAUUGGAACCUGGAUGUGACCCUGAACACCGGCCUACCUGCGGGCACCUACUGUGAUGUCAUUUCCGGGGACAAGAACGAAAACAGGUGCACAGGGAAACAGGUCCAGGUGGGAGGGGACGGACGGGCCCAUUUCCAAAUCAGCAACAUGGCGGAGGAUCCGUUCAUGGCCAUCCAUGCAGAGUCAAAACUGUGUUGAAACUGAGUCAAAUAAAGAGAUUCAGCUGUUCACGUG